UGUUGCUUGCUCCGUAUGCAGAUUGAGCCACAUGAUUAUAUCACAAAGCUUUUCAAUGCAGUUGUUCAGUUUAAUAACAUCCUGACUAAUUUUGAUCGGGACAUAUGGAGCUAUAUUUCGUUAGGUUAUUUUAAGCAGAUGACCAAGGCUGGGGAGAUUGGAUCUUCAACUAUGCCUCAUAAAGUUAAUCCCAUUGAUUUUGAGAAUAGUGAGGGCAACUUGUGUUUGGCUAAUGCUAUUUUAUCUGCUCUCAGCUCGAAAUUGCCCAUCUCUCGUAUGCAGAGGGAUUUGACCGAUUCCACUGUUUUGAGGAAUUUGGGUAUUGGAUCUGGGUAUUCUCUCUUGGCAUACAAAAGUGCACUACAAGGAAUCCGGAAUCUUCAGGUUAGUGGUAAAAUCUGUAUGAGAUGGUUAUCACUAGAGAAUUAGAUAUAAAGCUAGAUG